GAACCGAAAGAUGGUGCAGUGUGGCUCACCAUUCCAGCAGUCAACAUGAGAUCCCUGGUUCUUCUGGCAGUGGUGGGCGUGUGCUCGGCGGUCCCCUUCCUCAGGGACGCGCCCGACGUGCAGGCGGAGAAGGCUCGGUUCUUCGAGGUGUUCAACGCCGUCCAGAAUGCUGCCACAAGCCACCCUGCCCUGAAGCGCCCCUCGCCCAAGGUCCAGCCCAAGUGGUAUGGCCCCGUGGCUGCCACCGUCCCCGCCGGCGUCGACGGCACCAUCACCCCCGUGGGCGACACCCAAGAAGUCAACGCCGCCCGCAACGCCUUCUUCAACGCCUACAACGCACAGGUUAAGGCUACGGUUGGUUCUGCGCCCGUCGUUCCCUCCUACGCCCCCACCUACAGCGCUGCUCCAGCUGCACCCUACCAGCCCGCCCCAGUCCAGCCCAAGUGGACCGGCCCCGUGGCAGCCACCGUGCCCGCCGGACUCCCAGGCUCCGCCCCCCAGGUCGCCGACACCCCCGAAGUCGCCGCCGCCAAGCAGGAGUUCUUCAACACGUUCCAGAGGCAGGCGGCAGCUGCGGCGCCUCCUUCGCGCAACUACUAUUAGGCCACACUGUGAUAAUCAGUUUUAGAUCGGAAGAAGAUAUCGGAAUUAAACACUGAAAUAAAUUUGUAUUGUCCA